AUGGGCGGUCCCUCGCUCUCACACACAUACGGCUCUUCCACCUCCACUCCUCAAAUUGUUGCUAUUCACAGUGACAACUCCCCAUUCCCUACUAGCGUCACCCUGACUCAAACCAACUAUGCCUUAUGGUCUCAAGUCAUGGAGAUGCGCAUUGCUGCUCGAGAAAAAUUGGGGUACCUAACUAGCAACACUCCACAGCCCCAUCAGUUCUCGUCCACCUACAACAAAUGGUGUCCAGAGAAUGUUUUAAUCGAUUACAUGUCUCCUGAAUUGAUGAGUCGUUUCAUUUGA